AAAAGUGGCCGUGGGGGGCCAGCCCCUGGGCCAUAUCGGUCUGCCGCUCAUAGCAGGAGGUGGCGGCCCCAGCGCGCUCGCGCUCCUUGAAGAUGCGGGCAGAGUCGCGCACCCCCUCGAGACGCCGCCGCAGUUGCCGGCGAGGCCGGUGGAUGCGAUGGAAACCGUCUGCUCCAUGGGCCGCGCCACCAUCGGCUACCGGAAGGGCGCCAUGGAGAGGAUUCGCGGGACUGCCCAACGACUGGACGGUCAGCGAGGUGCCUGGGUAGCCCGGUUGCACCCGCGUGUCCAGCGCGUCAUUGGGCACCCGCGCCCCCCGCUGCUGAGCAGGCUACUUUGGGAGAUUGAGUGCGAGGAGGACAUGCACUGCAUGGGCGCACUGACAUGGGGUCGGCCGACGCUGGGGGAGGGGCUGCUGACGAACGGCCUCUACCCGCCCCAGGCUUCGAGGGCCGCUGCCGCGGUCGCCCAGCGGGCGAUGUCACCGCGGGCGCGCAACCUCGACAUGGCCCGUGGCGUCUUCGAGCCGCGGGGCCCGACCCUGGACGCCCUGGCCUGGGCCAAGGUCAAGAAGGAGGUGGGCCGCGGGCAUGCGACCAUGCGCGGCUUGGACGAGUUCGACCUCGACCGCGUGCGCCUGACCCCGCGCGUUCCCAAGUGUGAACUGAAGGACUUGGUCUUGGCCUGGGCAGCGACCCGCAAGCGGAAGGACAUGUGCGGAGCAGAGCGGGCGCUGGAAGGGCACCGCGCCGACUACGAGAUGGCGUCCCGCCAGUGCCCCACGGGCCCGGACCAGGCCGACCUCGCGCUGGAGAUCUCUUGGGACCCAUGCAACAGGAGGGUGGUGGUCGUGGGCGUCUGCGGGCAGCCGUUCGGCGGGGCCUUGAGCCAGUUCAACUGCGUCCGGGGCCCGGCGGCCGUGGCGGCAAUCGCGCGCUCGCUCCUCAAGAUAGCGGUGGCGCACUACACGGGCGACGCUUGGGGCGUGGAGCCGUCGCCGCGCGGGCUGCAGGCGCGUCGGCUCUGGUUGGAGCUUAACGACCUCGUGGGCUGGCGGAUUGACCUCCAGAAGAGCCCCGCGCCCCAGCCGCGGUGCAAGCUGCUCGGGGGCCUCCGCUACUUCGGCGGGGGUGGCCCGCGCAUCGCCCUCCGCCCGCCGAAAGUCCAGGCCGUCGCGGAGGCCAUCAACCAG